AGUUCACGAAUUGUAAAAGAUUAAGUACAUGUUUGUCUGUAUCCAUGACUCUUCUUCAGGUCAGGCUAUAUGUUUCCCACACGCUACCUGCUCAUUAUAUAUACACCUUAUGAGUUAUGUUGUCAUUUAUACUUGGUACAAAACCACAUAUUACAUAACAGAAUAAAUUUCACCUACGACACCACCAUCAAGACAGAAUAAAAUGAAGGGAAAUUUGUGGUUGGUUGCUUUGUUUUUGGUUCUCUCUUUGGUGAUUUCAUCUUAUGCAGCUUCAACUCAGCCAUACCAAUUCCGCAAACUUUUGAAUAUAGAAGCAUCACCUAGUAAGUCAGGAUCUGCGGGCCAUCACUAAUGCUGUUAGCAAGGCGAAAGUAUCGGGAGAUGAAGCAUGAGAGCUGCCGUCUAUGGAUCGUGGAUGUUGGAUUGACAUGUAUGCGCAUUUGGAUGUAUGAAGAGUUUCAAUUGAACUCUUCAUACCCGGACUAUAGAAGGAUUAGUAAUUUACAUAUUGUUUGGUCAAAUGUUUGAAAGUUGAAGUCUAACUGUGAAAGCAGAGGAGGAAAACUCCAAUUAAUAACUUUUGAUCAACUCCAAAAGCUGUGUAAUUUCCCGGCUGCAUAAUCCUAUAGUAAUUUAUGUUGGUCAUGGAACAUGCGCGAGUCUAUAUCUAACAAAAACAAAAAAUGGAGAAAAGGUGUUAGUUAAUUCAACG